GGCGCCCGUUCUUGCCCCCAAGAUGCAGGAAUCCCACGCAAUUCCAGUGUUGUAUCACGGAGGAGCCAUGGGGUCGCAUUUCUAAUUUCCAUGAUUUGAUUUCAGUCGCCAGGUGAAGAGCCGAAGCGUAUCGCCUUAGAGAAGAAAUCUCCAGCAGCAAGGAGCCACCCUGCCACCCCGACUGCGCCUGCGCCACGUCCGCACCUCCGCCGCGCAGGACGUACUGCUCUGGGAUUAGCCUACUUCCCAGCUGCAAGCCUGGCCCCUGCUCGGUCUCGGUCUUCCCUUCCCCCUCGGCCUCUCCCUUCUGGAGGACAACGCCCUAAAGGCUAAGGUGCCUGUUACCAGCUGGCCACGUUGCGCCUGCGCCUCAGUCCCUAGCACUCCAGUCUGGCGGCUGAUCCGGGCUGGCGCCGCAGUUGCGCAGCUCUGGUCCUGGCCUUUCUACCCCGCCGCCUCCUGACGCCGGGCGUGACGUCACCACGCCGGCGGCCGCCAUUACAGAGAGCAGAGCUCCGGGGCUAGAGUGAGUGGAGGACGGCCGCGGCCGGUGGCCGAGCACGGAGGGGCGAGCCAGCGGGCCAGCGCUAGCGCCGAGCAACCGCCAGUACCCGCACAAGUACCCCGGGAACCGGCGGCGGCGUGUGCGUGUGGCCCGUGUGCGGGCGGCGGCGCGGGAGGAGCGCGGAGCGGCAGCCGGUUCGGGCGGGUGGCAUCAUGGACGAGAAGGUGUUCACCAAGGAGCUGGACCAGUGGGUCGAGCAGCUGAACGAGUGCAAGCAGCUGUCCGAGUCCCAGGUCAAGAGCCUCUGCGAGAAGGCUAAAGAAAUCCUGACAAAAGAAUCCAACGUGCAAGAAGUUCGAUGUCCAGUCACUGUCUGUGGAGAUGUGCAUGGGCAAUUUCAUGAUCUCAUGGAACUGUUUAGAAUUGGUGGCAAAUCACCAGAUACAAAUUACUUGUUUAUGGGAGAUUAUGUUGACAGAGGAUAUUAUUCAGUUGAAACAGUUACUCUGCUUGUAGCUCUUAAGGUUCGUUACCGUGAACGCAUCACCAUUCUUCGAGGAAAUCAUGAGAGCAGACAGAUCACACAAGUAUAUGGUUUCUAUGAUGAGUGUUUACGGAAGUAUGGAAAUGCAAAUGUUUGGAAAUAUUUUACAGAUCUUUUUGACUAUCUUCCUCUCACUGCCUUGGUGGAUGGGCAGAUCUUCUGUCUACAUGGUGGCCUCUCACCAUCCAUAGAUACACUGGAUCACAUCAGAGCACUUGAUCGCCUACAAGAAGUUCCCCAUGAGGGUCCAAUGUGUGACUUGCUAUGGUCAGAUCCAGAUGACCGUGGAGGUUGGGGUAUAUCUCCUCGAGGAGCUGGUUACACCUUUGGGCAAGAUAUUUCUGAGACAUUUAAUCAUGCCAAUGGCCUCACGUUGGUGUCUAGAGCUCAUCAGCUGGUGAUGGAGGGAUAUAACUGGUGCCAUGACCGAAAUGUAGUAACGAUUUUCAGUGCUCCAAACUAUUGUUAUCGUUGCGGUAACCAAGCUGCAAUCAUGGAACUUGAUGAUACUCUAAAAUACUCUUUCUUGCAGUUUGACCCAGCACCUCGCAGAGGCGAGCCACAUGUUACUCGUCGUACCCCAGACUACUUCCUGUAACGAAAUUUUAAACUUGUACAGUAUUGCCAUGAACCAUAUUUUGACCUAAUGGAAAUGGGAAGAGCAACAGUAACUCCACAAAGUGUCAGAGAAUAGUUAACAUUCAAAAAAACUUGUUUUCACACGGACCAAAAAGAUGUGCCAUAUAAAAAUACAAAGCCUCUUGUCAUCAACAGCCAUGACCACUUUAGAAUGAACCAGUUCAUUGCAUGCUGAAGCGACAUUGUUGGUCAAGAAACCAGUUUCUGGCAUAGCGCUAUUUGUAGUUACUUUGCUUUCUCUGAGAGACUGCAGAUAAUAAGAUGUAAACAUUAACACCUCGUGAAUACAAUUUAACUUCCAUUUAGCUAUAGCUUUACUCAGCAUGACUGUAGAUAAGAAUAGCAGCAAACAAUCAUUGGAGCUUAAUGAACAUUUUUAAAAUUAAGUACCAAGGCCUCUCCUCUACUUGUGAGUUUUGAAAUCGUUUUGUUUAUUUUCAGGGAUACUGUUUAAUUUAAUUGUAUGAUUUGUCUGCACUCAGUUUAUUUCCCCUUCUCAAAUCUCAGCCUCAUGUUGUUCUUUGUUACUGUCAGAUCCUGGUGAGUUGUUUUGAACAGAACUGUUUUUUUUUUUCCUCCCUCCUGUAAGACGAUGUUACUGCACAAGAGCACUGCAGUGUUUUUCAUAAUAAACUUGUGAACUAAGAA